AUGGCCAAGCAGCUUGCUCUUCUUUCCCUCGCGGCCAUCCCGGCCGUGAACGCCGAGACCAUCCUCGGAGUUUACAUCUUCUCCCGACACGGAGACCGUACGCCCAAGGCUCUCGCUCCGGCCAACCUGACGUCGUUGGGCCAGGAGCAGGUCUACCAGUCUGGCAACUACUAUCGCAACAGAUAUGUCGCGGCCGACGCCAGCUCGCCCAUUUUCAGGCUGAGCGACGACAUUGCCGUGGCAAGCCAAAUGACCAUUACUUCGCAGGUCGACACUGUGUUGCAAAGUUCCGCGCAGGCUUUCAUGCAGGGUGUAUACCCGCCCGUCGGUGACCUGUCUGUCGAGUCGCUGGCAAAUGGCUCUACGGUUGAAGGAACCCUGAGCGGUUACCAGUAUAUUCCCAUCAAUGCCGUUGCCUCGGCCUCUUCUUCGUCAAACGCCGAGAACAGCGGAUGGCUCCAGGGCAACUCGGGAUGCGGCAAUGCCGUGGUCAGCUCCAACAACUACCUCAGCUCGACCGAGUAUUUGAGCACUCUGAACAGCACCAAUGACUUUUACCAGGAUUUGCUGCCCGUCAUUAACACGACCUUUAGUUCGAGCCAGGCCUCGUUCAAGAAUGGCUACACCAUCUACGACUACAUCCAUGUGGCCACUAUUCACAACUCGACUAUCCCGUCCGAGGAUCUCCUGACCAACGACACGCUCAAUGAGCUCUUUUGGCUCGCCAACGAGCACGAGUGGGGUCUCGCCUACAACGAGUCGGACACGAUCCGCGCCGUGGCGGGAGCCACUCUGGCCGGCCAGAUCGUGGCACAGCUCAACACGACGCUGACGGGCAAGUCCAAGCAGCCACUGGCCGUGCAGUUUGGCGCCUACGCGAGCUUCAUGUCCUUUUUCGGCCUGGCCCAGCUGCAAAAGGUCUCGGACGACUUCACCGGCGUCGUCGACUACGCCUCGUCCAUGGUGUUUGAGCUCGUGGCCGACGCCGACAAUGUGACGAGCGCCGCGUACCCGGCCUCGUCGGACGUUUCGGUCCGCUUCCUGUUUGCCAACGGCACCGCCGCCGCCAACGAGCCCGUCGCGUACCCGCUCUUUGGCCAGUCCGAGACCCUGCUCCCCUGGUCCACCUUUGUCAGCGAGAUGAACAAGUUUGCCAUUGCCGACACGGCCGACUGGUGCAAGGCCUGCGGCAACUCGACGGGCGUGUGCGCCGACUAUGCCACCAGCUCCGACGGUAGCAGCGGCAGUAGUGGCGAGACUUCGGCCUCUUCGACCUCGGGCAACGGCAUCUCGCUGCCUGUCGCCGGUGUCAUUGGCGCCCUGGUCACCCUGGUUGUCAUCCUCGGUGUCGAGGCCUUGGUCUACCUCUUGGCCGGCCUCAAGGUGGUGAAGAAGUCAACCCUGGCAGCUGCUACUGCCGCCGGUUCUUCCGGGGCCGUCAAGGCAUAA